GUUCGGUCGGUGACGGAAAACGACAUUGGGCUGAAAGUCCUCCGCGAGGCACCAGCAGGGGCAGACCAGAUCAUUGACAUUGUCGCGGUUCAUGGCAUUGGUGCCCACCCGGAUGACAGUUGGUGCAAGAAUGUUGGUACUCCAGAGAGGCCGCAGUGGGUCAACUGGCUGGAAAAGGAAGACAUGCUACCGGCAGUAGCACUGCAUGCGCGUAUAAUGCGAUACGGAUACCAGUCUCAAUGGUUUGGGGAAGGAGCAGUGCGACAGAAUGCCUCAACAGUAGCAUGUCGGUUGCUGUUGGCCCUGAAGCGGAAAAGAGAGGAGUAUCGGUUUCGGCCGCUAAUCUUCGUAGCCCACUGCUUCGGCGGGCUAGUAGUCAUAAAAGCACUUGUGGAUGCGCGGCAUGACCAGGGCGAGUGGCCCGGCAUACUCACAUCUACUACUGGCCUGAUAUUCUUCGGCACUCCGUUCAGAGGGGCAGGGGGCAUGAGCCAAGUGGAGAUGCUCGAGGCGGCGUGGAGGGAAUACCAAGAGGACGAGGUUCAGCCGGAGGUUCUGAAGACACUGGAACCUGAGAACGAGUUCCUCCAGGACGUCGUCGACGAAUUCGGGAAGACACGGAAAGAGGCGAACAGGGCCCAGGUUGCAUGCUUCUACGAGCUGAAGUCAAGCAAUGUUGGAAACAUGGUAGGAAAGGAGAGUCGAACGGUAUGCUCUGUAGAGGGAUAUAUGCCCUGCUCGAAGCUGACUGCUAUUGCAGAGAUUUGUGGUGAACGAGAGUUCUGGCUGCAUUGA